UAAAGAGUUAGACUCGACUCGACUCGACUCGACUCGAUCUCUCCUCCUCCUCCUCCGGUUCCUGUACUUUUAAGUGUAGUGUAAACAUAUGUUACAUCGGGAGAAGAUCUCUAAUUCGUCUAUAAGAAAUGUUUUCAUAGCCAGUGCCAGAUUAAUGUAACCGAAGACGAUGGACAUAUCACAUCCUAACAGUUUUCUGCAGCAGGAAGAAUAUCGGUUAACCACGUUCAGCGAACAUGAGACAUCUCCCAUCGAUACCACUAGAGUAUACAGGAACAUGCCGUUCGUCAGCUACGAUUGUCUAAGAUACGAAGAAAAGCGAUUAGGAACCUUCAUCGACUGGCCUCAUGAAUGGCUGAAACCGUCAGAAUUGGCGGCCGACGGAUUUUACUAUCUCAGGAAAGAUGAUCACUGUGCGUGUAUCUUCUGCAGAGGGAUAGUUGGAGCCUGGGAAAAAACUGACACGCCAAGAGGAGAACAUGAACGCCAUUUUCCCCACUGCCCCUUUAUUAGGGGUCAGCCAACUGGAAAUGUUCCCAUUGUUCAAGGCAAUAUCUUAGCCAGGUUACCGGUACUACAUGCGAGUCUGGACGAUUGCGGAUCAAGACGUGUUGAGGCCGACGCUUGCAGAUUUUCGUCGAGACAUAUGGCCGGAUCGUAUCCCGAAUGCAGAGGAUCUCCGGAUGAAACUGGUCUCUACCAGCAUUCUGGACCGAAACGAAGUGAUUUCACGACAUUAGAUAGCCGAUUGAAGAGCUAUGUCGAAGGAUGGCCCAUCCUCGGUCUGCAUGCACGAGAUCUUGCCGAAGCUGGAUUUUUCUACUGUGGUCUGAGUGAUCAUGUUCGCUGUUUCCACUGCGGUAAGGGUCUUCGCAAUUGGAUAUCUAGCGACAUACCUUGGAAGGAACACGCUAGAUGGUAUCCUAAAUGCAGAUUUGUCUUAUUGACGAAAGGCCAGGACUAUAUCAAUGAAGUCCAGCAAGAACAUCCACCGUACACCCGCACAGCAAGUACUACUAUAUAUUCGGGUAUCGAUAAAGCUGCUUCCGGUAGCAGUAAUAGUCCAACGGAGGUGCAAUCCGUAUCCGAACAAGAAUUGGAUCUGUUGAUGAGUUUGGAUGUCGUCAAGUGUGUACUGGAAAUGGGAUAUCCUAGUUGUAUAGUCAGGGCCUGCCUUAAAGAUCGGGUUGAACAAACCGGCGAACCGUAUUUCGUUAUAGAGCCUUGCCUUGAAGAUGUUAUACAUAGAAUGAGCGUAACAGAGAAUCGGGUUGCAGAUAAUCGUUCUGAAAGUACAGAGCGUGAGCCGUCAUAUGGCGAGACUGAUAUUUCAUCUUCGAUAUUUCAACAACAAGCACCGAUAUUCCCAUCAACGUCUGAAACCAUGGGGAAUCGGGUUGCAAGUAUUCAAUCGCUUCCAUCCGAAUCUACCGAGGUUGAACUAUUAUCUCAACAACAACAAGUUUCUAUAUUGCCAUCUACAUCCGAGAUAAUACGACAACAGGCUUCUAUAUUCCCUACUGCACCUCUGAAUACAACGUUAUCAUCAUCAUCGUCAUCGUCUGAACGAGAAAAUACCGAAACUGAAGCAAACCAUAUUUUGCAAAUAGUAGAAGAAAUCAUAUCACAGGUUAGUGAAGAAGAGAAGGAGGGAUAUGAAGAAAAGGAGGGAUAUGAGGAAAAAGAAGAAUUCAAGUCAAGACAAUCUUAUGAACAGCUGAAAGAGGAACUCGAACGGAUGCGUGAAGAUCGCACAUGUAAAGUGUGCAUGGACAGUGAAAUAGCUAUAGUGUUCCUUCCGUGCUCACAUAUGGUUACGUGCGUUUCCUGUGCUGUAUCCCUGAGACAGUGCCCCAUCUGUAGAAGAGACAUCAAACAUGUGUGCAGAGCUAUUGUAUCCUAAUAAUAUUCAUAUAUAUAUAUGUUUACAUAUUUA